CUCGAGCCUGUGCGCAAAUUUAACUCAGAGACGCAGUUGCCAUACUGUCACAGUUACUCCUGGAUUCUACACAGUGCGGAUCUCUUCUUCACACUAUAAACAUGGAUCUGAAAGUGAUCGUGGUAUUCGCUUUGAUAGCGGUCGCCCUUCAUGCCCCCGUUUCUGAUGCCAAACCCAUCAGCCUGGUAGAGAGAUGCUGGUGCCGUUCCACAGUCAACACAGUCCCACAGAGAAGGAUUCGCGAACUGAAGUUCCUGCACACUCCCAACUGCCCGUUCCAAGUCAUUGCCAAACUGAAGAACAACAAGGAGGUGUGCAUUAACCCAGAGACCAAGUGGCUACAACAGUACCUAAUGAACGCCCUAAACAAAAUGAAAAAAGCCUAACAACAGAGCUAAGAAGUCUGCCAGAUGACAAGGGAAUCUGACAGCCCACCAUCACAGAUAUGUACCAUGUAGUCCUCUGGCAUGCUUGCUGACCCAGCACUUAACCUGCCAAAUAUGCUCCCCCAGUAAAGACUCAGCAAAAGACCACCAGAACACUCUGAUCGCCACCCAUGUAGUCUCCUCUGUUUGCGCCAAGUGCAAUUAUAUAUGUAUGACUGUGUUUUUAUACGUAUGAUAUGUAUAUACAAUGCUUUUUUUUUAUACAUCGUCUUAAAACCAGUAAAGAGAUAUUUUUGGAGUUGUGUUUGCUCCUUGCUUUUCUCAUUAUGUUGGGGUAGGUAGAGCUGCAUGAGAUAAUGAGGUUUUUUUGGAGCAAACAUUGAAAACUCAAAUCUCACUGCAGGUUAACCUUAGAUAAAAUGGGAAAACUCACAUGCCUGAAGUGUUUUUUUGUUUUGAUUUUGUUUUAUUAUUUUUUUUUUUUUUGGACAAAAAUGAAGGCCAUUGAUCCUCAAAUAUUUCAAGAUGUAUUUUACUAGCUUAUAGUUUAGAUAUAUGUACCAGCAUAUAUUGCAUGUAAAAGUUAUAUGGCAUGUAUGGAAAAGAGUGAGACUUGUUUUUCUUCUUGGAAAGGCAGGACUUUGCCAGACAAACUAUUUAGACCUUACAUGAACCCAAACAGUUUUUGAAUGCUUUGGGGAAUGUAAUUGGCUUUACUGGAAGACCUUCGUGGGGCAAUAGAGAGUGGAAUGCUUUUUGCUAUGUUCUGUAGGCACCAAAACAUCUGGGCUUGUAAACAUUAAUUGACCGAUCAGUGUGUGCAUAAGAAACUCGGCAUCACAACACAAAACAAUGAGCGUUCAACUGAAUUAUGUAAUAAACGGAAUAAACAGAGACAGUUGUGCUCUUAAACAAUUGAGUAAUAUGCAACAUUAACCUGGGAACAAAUUUAGUUUACAGAAUUUAUAGCCGAGUUCUAUAAAUACUAAUUAGCUAAUCCAAUUCAUUCAGUAAUAAAAGCUAAAUUUAAAAGCGUUAGGCAUGACAAUAUUUAGAAAAAUUAUUAGUGUUAAUGGAACAACUAAGGUAGAACUUGGGACAGAAUUAACUGACUUUAUGUCUACCUAUAUACAACAAUGCACUUUAUAACCAUUUGUGAUCAUUUACGGAAAAUAAAAUAACAGAUACUGAAUGACGUCCGCUAGUGAAUAGUUUUAGUUCCUGUUUUCUGUGUUUAGAAGUAGUUAUGACUGUAUUGUCAAAUUUAUUAAACAUUUGCAUCUUAAGCAUGAGAUUUUUUUAUUUGGAGUGGCUUUAUUUUCAAAGAUUUCUUUUUUUUUUUUUUUUUUUUUUUGUGGAUUAUUUGACAACUAUUUUUAAAAACAGUCAGAUUAUUCAUACAGAAACACAAAUACACAACAAUAAUACAUUUAAAAUGAUCUAGCACACUGAAUUUUUACAGAGACUUGACUUUGAAAAUAAAGGCAUAACAACCUAUAUUGGCAAAGACCUCUCAAAACCACCACAACGAAAAAUAAAACCUUAGUAAGGCUCAGAUUUCUGAACUGUUUUGUCUAGUAAUUCACCCAAUGUUCCACCAAACCCAACAUUUAACAAAGCAUGUCAAUGCCAUGAACAUCUCUAGGAAAUUAGCAUAUGGCAUUUGUUUGUUACACUACUGCCAAUUUCAUCCCAUACACCAAUUUAAUGUUGAGCCAUUAAAUGCACCAGGCCUCAUUUAAAAACACAGCCCUCGGGCACACAAUAUAUGCUUGCUCUGUGCUACAACUGGAGUGUCAGUGUACUGGACAAGAGUUUAGUGCCCCUCCAAGUCCGUCAAUAAAGUUGGGUUCAUAGUCACAAAAUCAGAUAAAUGAAAUCUCUAAAAAAUUGCAGCAGACAUCAGGUCUUGGCACAGCUCAUUACCCCAUUCAUCAUGCACUUUUUUUUGAAAGGAGCCAUUUCAGAAUGUGGUUAAAAGCCAUAUUCAAUUCAUGAACUGUCUCACUGGCUAGAUUGAUAAAACUGUCAAUAAUAAAACAAACACAUAAUAGGGAAAAUUCCUAUCUUCCCAGUGUGGUGAUGUCACAAACAUUUGGCAAAAGCGAGGGAUCUAUUGUAUAGACUUUUUUGAGUUAUUCCAUCAAAAUGCCAGUAUUUUUCGAAACUGUAACAAAGGUGACUAUUUGAAGCAUAUAUACUGUCCUUACACACAUUUUUCCCACUUAAUGUGAAGAGUAUUACUUUUGUAUAUGGCAGCUUAAUACAGAAUAAAGUACAUCUGUCCUUUC